AUGAUAUCCAAAAAUAGCGUAGAUUCGCCAUAUGUCGAGGAAGGUAAUAGUGAAGGAAAUGUUUGUGGGAAUGGUCCACUAAAAAAAGGUCCCUGGACUUCUGCAGAAGACGCCAUUUUAAUUGAGUACGUUACCAAGCAUGGAGAAGGGAACUGGAAUGCAGUCCAGAAGCACUCGGGGCUUGCCCGUUGUGGAAAAAGUUGUCGCUUGAGGUGGGCAAACCACCUAAGACCAGAUCUAAAGAAAGGUGCGUUCACUCCAGAGGAGGAACGUCGUAUCAUUGAACUUCAUGUUAAGAUGGGAAACAAAUGGGCUCGAAUGGCUGCCGAGUUGCCUGGUCGCACGGAUAAUGAGAUCAAGAACUACUGGAACACUAGAAUCAAAAGAAGACAGCGCGCUGGCUUACCAAUCUAUCCUCCUGAUAUCUGUACUCAAGCAUUAAAUGAGAACCAACACCACGAGAACAUGGAUAAUUUCUCAUCCGGAGACAUCCAACAAUCUGACUUCUUGUCGAUGAAUGUCUUCGAGAUUCCACAAUUUAAUGGUAUGGGACUCAAUCGGGAGUUGUAUACACCUGUCCUUCUUGAUAUUCCUGCUAGUAGCCUGCUUGUAGAAGGUCUUGACUCUUCUUACCCUAGCAAGUCUUUGCUCUGUACAAUGCAUCCAUCUAAGCGUCCUCGAGGACAGGAAUCUAUGUUCUCUGGUGUAAGUGCACCUAGUGGUGUUAGUGGUGUACUCCCAGGUAGCAGUCAAUAUCCGAACGAUGGUUCUAUGAGGAUUGUUCAAUCGUUCGGGUUUUCCUCUGCAUAUGAUCAUGAUUCAACUUCCAACCAUGCAUUAUCCUCGAGCUUAAUUCCUGGCUGCCAUGCCAUUAUGAAUGGCAAUCCUUCUUCUUCAGAGCCUGCUUGGGCAAUGAAGCUGGAGCUCCCUUCACUCCAAACUCAAAUGGGUAGUUGGGGGUCACCAUAUUCCCCACUGCCUUCUCUUGAAUCUGUCGAUACUUUAAUCCAAUCCCCUCCAACCGAGCUUACUCAAUCAUGUAGUCUUUCACCCCGAAACAGUGGACUUUUGGAUGCUGUGCUGUAUGAAUCCCAAAUGAGGAAAAACUCGAAGAAUUAUUGCCAGCCAACUUCACCUGCUUCCAUUAUGCCUGUUGAUGUACUGGAUACUUCAUCUCACAAACUCCAUGAGACGGAAUGGGAAGUGUAUGGAGACCCAAUCUCUCCUUUUGGUCAUUCAUCUUCAUCGGUGUUCAGCGAGUACACCCAUGUGAGCGCGAAUUCAUUAGAUGAACCCCCAUCAGCAGAGACCAUGCCAGGAUUUAAAGUUAAAGAAGCAGAAGCUGGCACAGAAAAACAGAUGAUCUUCUCCCGGCCAGAUUUCUUGCUUGCCUCAAGCUGUUCAGGUCUUAAUGAAGACCUGACCAAGGACUAUUCUUCACUGAAAGAUGCAUUCGGACCAUUUCUUGGCGAUGAUUUGGGCAAGGAUUGCAAACAAAUUGACACUUCAGCUAGUUCAUCAGGUCAAGGGUGCGAACACGAUUCUCGUGCAUGGAAUGCAAUGUCUACUGCCUAG